GCCUGAGAGGACAAGUCUACCUUUAGUUCUCAUUCGACUCCUUCCCAUUACGCAACCCAAGCAUCUCUCUUACUCUUUCUUUUUCUCUCUCUCAGUUAACUCUCACUUGUCUUGUCCGUCUUCAACAGCACACGUACACUGCAUCAAGAACAGCGAAAUAACCAGAUUCAGUCAGGAAAAAAUAUUCGGAACCAUCCAAAACUAUCCAGUCAUGGUCCGCGACGGCAUCAAGGGCUUCUACCGUGCCAAGAUUGAGGAGGCCGAGGGCGAAAUCCAUGAAAAGACCCAGAACCUGCGUCGUUUGGAAGCCCAGCGAAAUGCACUCAAUGCUAAAGUGCGCCAUCUUCGCGAAGAACUCCAACUGCUACAGGAACCUGGAUCCUAUGUUGCAGAGGUCGUUAAACUGAUGGGCAAGACCAAAGUCCUUGUCAAGGUUCAUCCAGAGGGAAAAUACGUGGUGGAUAUUGGUGAGGGUAUUGACAGGACAAAGCUCACGACCAAUCUGAGGGUGGCCCUCAAGAACGACAACUAUGCACUUCACAAGAUCCUCCCUAAUGCGAUCGAUCCUCUGGUCUCACUCAUGAUGGUCGAGAAGGUGCCUGAUUCGACCUACGAGAUGAUCGGAGGUCUUGAUAACCAGAUCAAGGAGAUCAAGGAGGUCAUUGAGUUGCCGGUCAAGCAUCCGGAACUCUUUGAGGCCUUGGGUAUCGCUCAGCCCAAGGGAGUGCUGCUCUAUGGACCACCAGGAACAGGAAAGACACUGUUGGCUCGUGCUGUCGCCCAUCACACAGAUUGUAAAUUCAUUCGCGUCUCUGGUUCAGAGUUGGUGCAAAAGUACAUUGGAGAGGGAAGUCGCAUGGUCCGAGAGCUCUUUGUCAUGGCAAGAGAGCAUGCGCCUUCGAUCAUCUUUAUGGACGAGAUUGACAGUAUUGGAAGUUCCCGUGGUGAGGGCGGUGGCGGUGGUGGAGACAGUGAGGUUCAGCGUACGAUGUUGGAAUUGCUGAACCAGCUUGAUGGAUUCGAGGCGACUAAGAACAUUAAAGUCAUCAUGGCGACGAACCGUAUCGACAUUCUGGACUCUGCAUUGUUGCGUCCCGGUCGUAUCGACCGUAAGAUUGAGUUCCCGCCACCAAAUGAGAUCGCUCGUGCCGAUAUUCUGAAGAUUCAUUCCAGAAGGAUGAACCUCACAAGAGGUAUCAACCUGCGCAAGAUUGCAGAGAAGAUGACAGGAUCCAGUGGUGCGGAAGUCAAGGGAGUCUGUACAGAGGCUGGCAUGUAUGCCCUUCGCGAACGCCGAGUUCAUGUCACACACGAGGACUUUGAGCUGGCAGUAGCCAAGGUUAUGAAGCGGGCAGAGGACCAGAGCAUGAGUGUGCACAAGCUAUUCAAGUAAACGAAAGAAGGAUUCGGUCCUUUCUUUUUCUUUUCUUUUCCCCUCCUCCUUUCUUUCUUCCUUUCUUCCGUCCUUUUAAAGGGGGACAGACCCGAAAAUAAACAUUUGCGCACAUGUAUUUACAAAUGACGCAUAGAAGCAA